GCAGGCCGGUGGUUCAUGGCGUUGGCGUGCCUAAUGAUCCUGUCGGCGUCGGGGGCGACGUACGCCUUCGGCAUCUACUCGACAGCGCUCAAGUCGUCGCUGGGCUACGACCAGCGCACGCUCAACACGCUCGCCUUCUUCAAGGACCUCGGCAGCAACGUCGGCAUCAUCGCGGGCCUCCUCAACGAAGUCGCGCCGACUCCGGCCGUGCUGGCUGUGGGCGCAGUCAUGAACCUCGCCGGCUACCUCAUGGUCUACCUCGCCAUCGCGGGCCGCACCGCGCGCCCGCCGCUCUGGCUCAUGUGCGCCUACAUCUGCGCGGGGGCGAACUCGCAGUCCUUCGCCGGCACCGGCGCGCUCGUCACCUGCGUCAAGAGUUUCCCGGGGAGCGGCCGCGGCAUCGUCCUCGGCCUGCUAAAGGGCUACGUCGGACUCAGCGGCGCAAUCAUCACGCAGCUCUACCUCGCCAUCUACGGCGCUGACGAUGCCAAGUCGAUCGUGCUGCUCAUAGCCUGGCUCCCCGCUGCCGUCUCCGUCGUAUUCCUCCCCAUCGUCCGCGUCAUGCCGUCACCGCGAAGGGACGAGCACGACGGCGCCUUCUUCCGCUUUCUCUACAUUUCAGUCGCGCUCGCCUCGUACAUCCUCGUCAUGAUCGUCAUUCAGAAGCAGACCAGCUUCUCGCACGCCGCCUACGCCGCGUCGGCCACCGCGCUGCUCCUCCUGCUCAUCCUUCCCCUGCUUACCGUCGUCGUCCGGCAGGAGUACUGCCGGUUCAAGAAGGGGGAGCUCCAGGAAGAAGAGUCCCUGCCCGGACCGCCGACGACAUCGGUGACCGUCGAUAAGCCAAUCGCUUCCCUGCAGGUGACAGAGCAUCGGCCGCCGACGGCGUCUUAUUCUUGCCCGGGCUCUUGCUUGAAGGACAUGUCCAACCCGCCAGCGUACGGGAAGGACUACACCAUCCCGCAGGCGCUUGUGAGCGUCGACAUGCUGGUGCUGUUCCUGACCACCAUCUGCGGCGUCGGGGGGACGCUGACGGCGAUCGACAACCUGGGCCAGAUCGGGCAGUCGCUGGGAUACCCGGCGCAAAGCGUCAACACCUUCGUCUCCCUCGUCAGCGUCUGGAACUACGCCGGCCGGGUCACGGCCGGGUUCGCGUCGGAGGCCCUGCUGGCGCGGCACGGGCUCCCGCGGCCGCUCGCGCUCACGCUGGUGCUCCUCCUCUCCUGCGCCGGACACCUCCUCAUCGCGUUAGCCGUGCCGCGCUCGCUCUACGCCGCCUCUAUCAUCGUCGGCUUCUGCUUCAGCGCGCAGUGGCCGCUGCUCUACGCCAUCAUCUCCGAGGUGUUCGGGCUCAAGUACUACGCCACGCUCUACAACCUCGGCGCAGCAGCCAGCCCCGUAGGCGCCUACGUGCUUAACGUGCGCGUCGCCGGGCGGCUCUACGACGCGGAGGCCGCGAGGCAGCGCCGGCACGGCCUAGACGGCGAGAGCAGGACGUGCAUGGGCGCGGCGUGCUUCAGGGAAUCGUUUCUCAUCAUAACGGCCGUGACCGUGGCCGGCGCGAUCGUGUCGCUGGUGCUGGUGUGGAGGACGUGGAGCUUCUACAAGGGAGACAUCUACGCCAAAUUCAGGGUCGACGUCGUAGCUGCCGAGCAGCGGCCGGGGGAGUCGGAGCCAAAAGUUGUAAGCAGGAGAGACAGGACGAACUAG